AUGCGCCUGGUUGGCACGGUCGAAGACAACAGUUGUGUCAGGGCAAAGGCCAACAACCUCACCCUGCCACAGAAGUCGGUACUGAGUAAAGGAAGGUCGUUUGUCCUGGGCCCUCCUUCUCUCAAACCAAUUGAGAAUAAUAUCACAACCUCUCUGGAGGAUUUGGAAACAGAAAUAAAUCACAGAUUUACCCAGUCUCUGCUUCCAGGAUCCCUCCCUCCUGGUACAAAUAAACAAAAGAUGAAGGUUCCCACACAGCUCCCUUUCCAAAAAGGGAAGAGGUUCCCUCCUAAGAGACUCCCAGGACUGGCAGAGAAGAUAAAUGAAGCCAAGAAGGAAAUACUGACAGCAGAUGAGGAGGAAGCCCUGAAGAAAGUAGAUAAUGAAUCCAAGAGGCUUGUAAAUAGAUUCUACAACUUGGAUUCCCCCAGAAAGAAGUGCACCAGCUUUAAAGCAGCUCAGAGAGAUGCUUUGUUGGCACAUAAGCCCAGCAUCCCACACUGGUACAUUCUUCCGAAAACACACAAGAAAAUAGACGAAGAAUUAGGUACCUGGCCAGGGAGACCAGUACUGAGCGGCUGCUGUGCCCCCACCAGACCUGUGGAUAGGCUGCUUACCACAUAUCUAGCACCAUUGUUAGAUCUCCUUCCAGAGAGAUUACAAGAUACUUCAGAUUUCCUUAGAAAGAUAAGAGAUUUUCCACAGAUCCCGAAAGGAGCUUUGAUUUUUUCCUUUGAUGUCGUAUCUCUGUAUCCAUCCAUACCCCAAGAAGAAGCGGCAUGGGUAGUCUCACAUUUCUAUGAGAAGAAUUACGGAUACGUGCAAGGAAGAUUAAUGCAUGACUUCAACAUACAAGCUCCACCCCCUUAUUUAAUAAAGGAAGGGAUUGACCAUGUUUUGAAUGGAACCCUACUAAGAUAUGACCAUGGGUAUUACAGGCAAAAUAAAGGCACAGCAAUAGGUGCGUCGGUAUCAGUAGCUAUCGCUGAGAUCUUCGUACAUGCGAGCAUUGAAAAAGAAAGGAAAAGAAUGCAGAAACAACCCCUAGUGUUCUUGAGAUACAUAGAUGACAUUUUUGGGAUUUUCGAUGGAAGAGAAGAUGAGCUGAAAGAGUACCAUGAGGGCUUGAAUAAAAUACACCCUGACCUCCAAUUCACGCUAGAGUAUGAUAGCCAGAAGCUCCCAUUCCUGGACACUUUAGUGUAUCUAAAUGAAGAUGGAAACUUACAAACCACGGUGUUCUACAAGCCCUCCAACACUCAUCAGUAUUUACAUUUCCACUCGAGCCACCACCCAAACCUCAAGAGAUCCCUCCCCUUUUCACAAGGUAUAAGGAUCAAGAGAAUUGUGAGCGACCCAAAGAACCUAGAAGAAUCGCUAGAAGAUAUGUUCAAGUUCUUCAGGCUCAGAGGUUACACUCACAAGAUAAUAACACAGGCAAAGAAAAGAUUGAGUGAACUAACCCGAGAAGACCUGUUGUUGGAGAGAAACAGAAAAGGAACAGGCAGAAUCAUUUUCCCCAUGUUGUACUCCCCGAGCAUAGCGCCAAUCCUGAGGAAUUACAUCAAUAAUAUUUGGUCCUGGCUCCAAAGUAACGCCGAAGAUAAACCGUGGGAACAAUGGUUCAGGGAUCCGCCCCCGAUGAUCGCGUGGAAAAAAGAUCAAGCCAUAGGUGAGAAACUUAUUAGAGCGGAAUUUCCAUCCCCACUCACGCUCAAAAGAAUAAGAGAAUUGUCAGGAUGCAGGGAAAGGAAACAACCAAAAUAA